AUGACGAAUAAUCCCAUAGCUCCACCUCGUAAGAAAAAUAAGAAGACGAAGUCUCCAUCGCUUUCAUCAAUUCCAGAUGACGUCAUUGUGAACGUCUUAGCUCGGAUCUCGAAAUCUCACUACCGUUCCCUCUGUUUAGUCUCCAAGAACUUCAACUCUCUUCUCUCUUCUCCAAAUAUCUACUUUGCUCGAUCCCUAAUCGGUAACAUAGAAGCUCGCCUCUACGUGGGCCUAUGGCUACCCAAUCCCUCCAGCUAUCAUAGCUGGUUCACUCUCCACUUCCGUCAGGGUCAGUUAAGUUUCAAACCCGUUCAAUUCAGUUUACGACCUGUAAGACUCUCUUCCUCGUAUUCGCCCGACCGGUUAAACUCAACCACUGUAGCCGUCCAUUCCGAAAUCUACCAGAUAGGAGGAAGCAACGAGGACAAGCGGACCAGAGCCGUUAGAGUUCUUGAUUGUCGGAGUCACACGUGGCGUCGUGCUCCCGACAUGAAGGUGGCAAGGAAACACGCAAGGUCUUAUUUCUUAGAUGAGAAGAUAUAUGUAAUCGGAGGAUGCACAGAGACAAAAGAAUAUUUGACGAGUUGGGGUGAGGUUUUCGACCUGAAGACUCAGACUUGGAAGCCAUUGCCUAAGCCUCCUAGUGAUGAUGACGUCCAGUUGUACAAAAGUGUGGUUUGUGGAGGAAGGCUAUACGCUUUCACCAUGAACAACAACAACAAGAACUACGCAUAUGAUCCGAAUGAAGAAAAAUGGGUACAAGAGGCGGGGUUUGUGGGUCUAGGACGUAUAAAUGGACCUUGGUGCGUUAUAGGAAGUGCAAUAUUUGCUGAACGUGACCGUACGUUCAUGUGGUGUGACCCAAGGAAUGGAAAGUGGUCAGUGGUGUAUGGUUUAUAUCAUAUAUACUUGGAACGUGCUAAUAAUUACAUAACGAUUCAGUUAGUUAACCAUGAUGGGAAACUGGUAAUUAUAUGGCAUCAGUGGAAUUGGCGUUACAAGGAAUACACGAGUAUUUGGUGUGCGGUGAUUAGCUUGGAGGAGCGUUUGAGUCCGUCAAGUGAUCUGUGGGGGAAGGUUGAACGGUGCAAUGUUGUUUUGGGUUCAGUCCACACAUCAGUUAAGCUCUCAAGAUGCCUAUCGGUUUCGGUUUGA